CGCUGCAGCUUUGUCACACGCAGUCACACUGAAGGUUUGUGCACGUGCCCAGGCGAGGACGCGUUCGCGGGCGGUCGCGACUCGGCUCACGUCCCGGCAAAGCCUCACGCUCAACAAACGUCUUCAGCCUCACUCAACGUUUCACCCAUCGCCGUCAUGCGCUAGAACCAACGAACUUCUGAGUAUGCCUGAGCGACCGGGUUUAGGGAAGCGGCCAAGCUCCACCAACAGAGGUGUUUCUCCGCCGCCAGCCAAGCGAAAGCAGCAGUCCACGACUACAAACAAAGCCGUCGCGAACUUCUUCACGCCACUCUCGAAGAAGGAGCCGGAUCAGAUGACAUGGCGUGUUGUCAAUGAUAGCCUGCUCAUCGGGCGUUAUAGGGCUGCAGCGAAUUCGCCCAAGACUACCAACGCAAAGCAAAAAAUAGCCGCGUUUGAUUUUGACUCCACAUUGAUCACAACUGCGUCGGGGAAGAAGUUUGGUCGCGAUGCGACAGAUUGGAAAUGGUGGCACCACAGCGUCCCGCAAAAGUUACGACAGCUUCAUGAAGAUGGAUAUGUCGUCGCAGUGUUGAGCAACCAAGCAGGGAUCAACCUCAAGCCAGACCCCAAGACGAUCAAAAGUGACCAGAAGCGACUGGCAGAUUUCAAAGCGAAGGUCUCGGCGGUGUUCACACAGCUCGAACUACCAAUCUCGGUGUAUGCGGCCACCAGUCACGACCGGUACCGCAAGCCCCGAGUAGGCAUGUGGGAAGAACUGCGUGAAGACAACGACCUGGAGAACGCCGCAGCCGUGGAUCUAGACAACUCGUUCUUCGUUGGUGACGCGGCUGGUCGUGAGGCAUCCGGGAGGAGAACGAAGGAUUUCUCCUGCGGUGACAGAAACUUUGCCGCUAAUGUGGGAAUCGAUUUCCACACGCCUGAAGAGUACUUCCUGGGGGAGAACCCUAGCCCGUUCACUAGAGAAUUCGACCCAACCGCUGUUCUCCAAACGGCAGCUGUGGAAUCUACAGACGCGCUUACUGCAUUUCGAAAAGCCGGUCCACUCGAGAUUGUGCUCUUCUGUGGCAGUCCAGGUGCAGGCAAGUCGUCGUUCUACUGGAGGCAUUUGCAGCCACUGGGUUACGCUCGUGUUAAUCAAGAUAUUCUCAAGACCCGAGAGAAAUGCAUGAAAGCUGCCGAGGAGCUGAUUGGAGAGGGUACGAGUGUAGCCAUCGAUAACACAAAUGCCGACCGCGAAACGAGGGCAUAUUGGACUGCCCUGGCCAAGCGGUCGGAGCUUCCCAUCCGCUGCGUAGUCUUCACAGCCUCAAGCGAGCUCUGCGAGCACAACAACUCGGUCCGCGCACUGAAUGCUGGUCCUGACACAAAUCCCGAACAGCGGCUACUCCUGCCUAAAAUGGCCUUCGCGACCUUCAAGAAAAGGUACCAAGAGCCCACGAUGUCGGAAGGGUUUCAGGACAUCGUCAGAGUUGACUUUCGAUUUGAGGGAUCCGAAACGCAGAAGAAACUAUGGAGCAUGUUCUGGCUCUGAGUAGGCUGGCGAUGGCGCCGGAACCACACGUUACCACCAGCGCCGGCGCAGCGCGGAACCGUGGUUGUAUUCAGCGGGACGGGAUGGAAAGAUGGGAGCGAAGCUCCCUGCAUGCUGCAGAAUGAUUGCAUGCAGCAUCAUUCUACUGAGAUUCUUGUUGCGCUCAGCUUUCGGACCGCGUCCGAUGACAUGUGCCUUGGGUGCGACGGCAUGCGACGCGGUCGGCUCGACAUGCCGGAGCAACGGCCGCCGUGGGUUGCAGGGAACACAGACCAAUCGUUGGCUAGCAGCACGCGAGUACGCCAUAUGGAGACGCGCGCUCGUUCUCUCAACAUUAAGCAAUUCAAUAAUGUACGGCAGAAGUUGACAUU